GCUUCGAAAAUAAAGUUUUCUAAUUUCCUGAACACCUUCCAUUGGUUUACAUUUCGCCUGGCUCCUGAUUUUCUCACAAAUAGUAAAAACUUGUUGAAAAAAUUCAAAACAUUCAGUAAAAUAAUCCUAAAGCCGAGAAAGGUCACAAUCUGAUUAUUUUCACGCGCUCAAUUGUGAAUCAAAGAAACGUUAGCGGUGGCGAAUUUGCGAAGCCCGAAUAAGAAGGCCAAAAAUCAAUAAGCGUGUACAAAUUGUAAACACGGCAAGCCCUCGACCAGCCUCUCUCGGUUUCUCUCUGCGGAACCACCCCUGCCACCAAUCCUCCAGUUCCAGUCUCAGUCCCAGUGAACUGUGACCGCCAGCUGCCCGAAGGGAAAAGCCUCAGUCGUGACCGUAAAACCGCAGAAAUCACCAUUAGCCACCGAAAUGAUUACCAACUUUGCGCUGCCUCUGCUGCUGAUGAUCGCGGGAGCAGCAGCCACCGCGGAGCAGGUGGAGUACCUCAAUCCCCAUCCACAGCCAUCUUCGCCAGCGGAGCACCGACUUAGCAAACGAAUGGAUCUGGAAGUGUGCAUAGGUCACUUUGAUGUGCAUAAGAACACGAUAAUCCGAACCGGAGAGUCGCAGGCGAUUGGAGGCAAGUACCUCCAGGGUCUCGAGUUGGACAGUAUCGAGGAGUGCGAAAGGUUGUGCUGCGAGACGGUCGCCUGUGAUGUGUACAUCUUCGAGCGGAAGGCCGGUGGCUAUUGCUACCUCUUCGAGUGCGGGCCUCCGGAAGAUUUCCGCUGCAAGUUCACGCGGCACGCCAACUACACGAGUGCCGUUCUGAACCCUCAACCGAAGCUGGCCAGCGAGUUGGUCAGCACUCCGCGUCCGCAGUUGCCCCACAUCCCCAGCAAUAAUGUGUCGCAGCAGGAAUGGGAGCUGAGCAAUCUGAAGUUGAAGCCGGAAGCGAGGGACAAGCCCACAGUUUCCACCGCCGCGGUGGUGGCUCCCACAUUGGGAACGGGUGUGGGAGUGGCUGUGGGCCAGUCGGCAGUUUACCCAGCUCAAAGCGCCCCCGCUGCGCUUUGUGGUCGCUUCCAGUUCACUUGCCAUUCCGGAGAGUGCAUCGCGGUCUACAAUGCCUGCGAUGGAAUACCCCAGUGUGAGGAUGGAAGCGACGAGGGACCGGAAUGCAACGCCGUAUCGUCGGCGGCCACAAAAUCGGGCAGUAGCAGCAGCAGCAGCAGCAGCAGCAAUCUGGAGCCCGCGAAGCCCAUGGUUCAGCAAUAUCUGCCUGUGCAGAACGUGCAACAACAGUUGCAGGUCGUGGCCCAGCAGCAGCAACAGCAGCAACAGCAGCAGCAGCAACAGCAACAGCAGCAACCACAACAUGUCUAUGUUUUGGGUCCGCCACCAACACCGCCGCCGCCACCGCCCAUGGUGAACAAUCGGGAAGAUGCUGCCGCCCGGGCCAACCGCAAGAUGAUUGCCGAGGGGCAGCAGCAACAGGAACUGCCACUGCCACAGCAGCAACAGCAACUGCAACAGACGCUUCAGCAGAAGGCCGAGAUCAUAAGCACUGAUGAGCAGAGCCACAUAUUCAGCCACAAAGGCGGCCUCCAACUGCAGCAGCCGGCGAGCGGACAGGGGCAGAUCCAGGGAGCGGCGCCGGUUCAGGUUCAGGGGCAAUCAACACCGCUCCAAUUGCCCGGCUACGAUGGCAAUCAAGCUGUGUACGGCAUGUCGCUACCACGCUCCGGAAUUUAUUUGCCACAGCAGCAACAGCAGGCCCAGCAGCAACUCCAGGUGCCAUCCAAUGUGGCGUGGCCCCCACAGACGCCGCUGGCCCCGCAGCAGCAACUGUUGCCGGUGCAGCAGCAACCAUCGCUGAUACCGCAGCCAUCUGGUCACGUCUAUGCUGCUGCUCCAGGCAUCCAAUCCCAGCCAGCUGUGCAGCAGGCCAUGCUGCCUGUCCUGAAUGCAGCACCUGCGGCUGGCAAAAAUCAGGGCCCAGCGGUGGACGGGGACUACGAGGACUACGAUGACGAAACGUUCACAGAGGCGCCAAAAAAGAAGCAGCACAAGCACAAGAAGGUCAAGGCGAAGACGGCCAAGGAUCCCAUUGAACUGGCCCUGGAGCAGAACAAGCAACAGCAGGAAGCUCUUCCCGUGCCCGUUUCUCCGGUGCACGAGCAGUACAAGAUGAUCCACGAGAACCUGGCGAUGGAGUUCCGGGACCACGACGGUCACUCGGAGCGCCCCGGAGGAGCAGUCCUCUCGCUCACCCUGGGUCUGCUGGUGACCGCCGCUCUGGCCAUUCUCAUCGGAUGCCGGAUGCGAACGGUGAGCCGGAGGGCACGACGACUGGGCGGCAAGACGCCCUAUUCGCAGGAGGCCGACUUCCUGGUCAACGGCAUGUAUCUCUAAUUUUCGAGAUGCCUGCGGGUGGGACGGGGGCUGGCCAAGAUUCUUUGUGUUGUUCCACGUGCGGCAGCGUGCAUAUAUUUAUGUUCAAUAGUGUAAUGGGAAACAUAUUUUAUAUAAACAAAGAUGUAUCGAAUAAAAUUAAAACUUAAAGUAA